AUUUUGUUGCAACGAUGACGUCGACGAUGGAGGACGUUGUCGCCAAGCUCCGCGCCGACGACGAGCUCAAGGUCUUUGUCGCGCCCGAGGUGCCGGUGACGGAGAUCGCGAGUGCGAUCAUCGCAUCGGACGCCAAGGCCACCAAGGACACGAGCGCCUCGAGCGGGUCCGAAGAGUUUUUACAAAAGCUCUCGGUCGCGAUCCAGCACAUUGACUCGUCGAUCGAAACGUACGUAAGCGCGUCGCACAUGGAGCUUCUGCGGCAGGUUGGGUCGGUCGACGGGCUCAAGCAGCACGUCACGACGCUGCACAGCGACGUCUCGGACGUCAAGCACGCGAUCGACCGCAUGGACAACGACGUGCACAAGGUCCGGCGCGUUCUCUCGCGCACGAUCCAGCAGCUGCGCAAUGUGGACACGUGCAGCUCGAUCGUCCAGCGCCUCCUUCGCUUUCAGACGCUGGCGCAUGGGCUGCGCGCGCUGUCGCCGAUUGUGCUUGCCGCGCCGGCCGACGACACUGACUACUACGCAGCGUGCUCCAAAGCGUCCCUUGCACUCUACGAAGCUGAGCUCUUGUUGCAGUCGAGUCCGGACGCAUCGCGUUUCCAAGGGCUCUCGCUCGUGGCGCCAGAAGUGCCACAUCUUCGCAAGCUCCGCACGCACUUGGUCAAGCAAAUGAAGACAACGCUCAAGAUCGGCAUGUCUUCGACGGACCAGACGGCGAUCGCGAGUACGCUUCAAGUUCUCUACCAGCUCGGACUCGAUACCUUCUCCGAGACGGUCCAAGCCUGCGUCAACGAAGUACUCCACGAAUUUGAAACCAAAGCCACAAGCAUGCUCAAGGAAAGCCACAUCGCGGCUGCGACAUCGCCCAGCGACGGCGAUGCCAAGGCGGCUGAUGCAUGGAUCGCAGCGCAGAACGUACUCGAGAUGCUCUCUUCGUACGCGCUUCAAGUGUGGCACCUCCAGCGCGUCCUUGUCAAGCUACCAGCUGCGAGCGGGUCGAGUAAGGCAUGCUUCUUUGAUGCUGUUGUGCAGCGGGACGAGCCGUCGCUUGUGUCGACGUUUUGGGACAUUGGCUGCGCACUCCUCUCGGAGCUCUUCAAGAAGGCGAUGGAGUACCGGCCGAGCGUGAAAAGCGUGCUGAUUGGCCACUACCCGCGGCUCCGCGCCGAGGCCGUGCGCAUCGUGACGGCGUGGGCUGCGACGACGGCCCGGCUCUUGUCGGCCGACGCCGGCCGUCCCCACCGCGCCAUGGCGCUGCCGACGGAAUCGAUGCAAGCCGAGCUCCUCGAUGCGUUCCAUGUGAUUGCCACCAAGUUCGAGGAGCGAUCCGGCGACCGUCUUUUGCACCCGAUCACAAUGAUGUUUCCGCAGUCCAACGGGUACCACCCGUCGCCGCCGAGCCGCAGUGACAUGCAAACGCUGCUCAAGAUCCUCUCUCUCGAAGUCGAUGCCGGCGGCGAGGACCCUGUCGUCGUGCGCAUGGUCCUCCAUGGCGUUCGUCGCGCGGUCGAUCACUUUUGCGCCAAUAUCGAGACCACGGCGCAUGCUGGCCCGCUGGCUCUGGCACUGCCGCCUACGUCGGCCCGGACAGUCGCCCACGCCCACAACAUGGCGCUUCUCAACCUCUGCCAUCAGCUCGACGACGCACUCCUCGAGCUGCCCGUCAACAAGAGCCAAAGCGUGGCCGAAGCGAUGGCGAGCCCGCUGGCAACGCUUCGAGAGCCCCUUGAGAGGCUCUCCCAGCGCCUCCUGAGCGCGUACUUGGACAUCCUCGCGACGCGCUGCGAACACAUUUUCGCCAGCAUGCACGACGAGAGCUUUGUCUCGAAUGUCGCUACUGACCGCUUCAUGGUCGAGUUUACCGCCGUCUUUAACGUGUUCUUGACCGACCACUUUGGCCGCCUCGGCCUCGAUGGCGCGUCCGUCGCGACCACGUGUCUCGAUGCGUUCUGCAAUCGGCUCCUCUCGGCGUUUGCGCGGCACAUUUCGCUCGUCCGGCCGCUCAACGACAGCGGCAAGUGCCGCUUGGUCAACGACAUGGCGCAGCUCGAAGCCUUCUUGAGCCGCGUCCGGCCGCUCGAUGGUCUCGUGUACGAGGAGUUUCGCGCCAUGAAGCACCUUCUCUUCCUCGACCUCGACCGCAUCUUCCGUGACGCGCGCCUCGACAAGGUGCGGCCGAGCAACGUGUGGCACCACGUGCUCUCGCGGGCGCCCGCGUCGCUCGUCUUGCCGCACAAGACGAAGAACUUGACGGCCGCCGCGUACGUCACUUGGAUGGAAACCACUGCUGGUCUCGAGGCGUACAGCCCGCCGACGCCGCCUUCCGACCUGCCGCUGCGCCGCGCGAGCUGGAAAGACCGCACACUCGCGCUCGCCGCCGAGCAAGCCAUUUGGACCAACGUCGCGGCGACGCUUGAGGCCUACGCGCAGCGCACGGCGGCUUUGGGGCAGUUCCCCGACCCGAUCUACGACCUUGUCAUCGCGUGCGGCCCGUCGCUCCUCGCAGGCUACGAAGUCGCUACCAAGGCGUACCUCUUUCCAUAAGACGAAACUAAGAAAUGCAAAAGGAAGCAUUACAAC